UUGCUUUGCACGUACUCGUCCACUGGAACACGAAAACAGAAAGUGGAGCGCCGUAAUACAUAGCAGAUUCGAAAUGCGGUGGUUUUCAGUGGUGUGUUUUGUUCUUGUGCUGGCGACAACUAUAGCAAUACCGGACCCUAAAAAAUAUAAAAAUAAUUCAAAUGAUAAGGAUAAAAAAACAGAAUCAUUGACUAAUGAUGAACGUAAGUUUCUAAGAGAGGUCGAAGAAAAAUUUGGUGUGAAAUCAAAAGAGAUUGCGAGUAAUGUUAAAACGGAAGAAUAUAAAAAUAAAGAAGAAAAGGCCGGAAGUAACAAAGAAACUUCGCCGCCUCAACAAAAACCUCCUUUUCCAGCAGUAAUUGCAAUAGAAAUUGUAAACGAUACAGACUCAAAUUCAAAAGGGAAACGAACAAUCGAUGCUAAUCUUGGUUACGGAUACAGGACUAAUGAUGGAUAUAGCUACACCUACUUUGGGAAGGCAAACCAAGAAAGAGGAAAGUUUAUGAUAUAUCCUUACUCGCAGGAAGAUAUACCACCAAGUCCAAAUGCACAUGAAAAUAAGUACACAUCAUCUUCUACUAGUGUUGAAAUCCAACCCUCACAGGCCUAUGAAUUGGUUCCUGUAAAGGACGAACAGACGUCAUAUGAAUAUAAGAAACCUGCUGUUGAAUUCAAAACUGGUUAUGAAAAGAAUUUAGAAUCACCUUCAGCUGGAUAUUCUAGUGGAAAAGCCGCACAAACCUUGUACACGACUUACAAUGGUCAAGAAUUCUCCGGUUUAAGCGGACAGUUCCCAACUGUGAUGCCUAAUUACUUCGUAAAUCCUACGCAACUUCUUAACAAUCCUCAUUAUCAAAACGCUGGUUUGACUCAGGAUCAUUUGCGUACUCAAAGUUCACACUUAAAUCAGAACAAAAGAAUUGUACCCGUAUUAGUUUUAAGGGUACCCAGUUCUUAUUUGAAAAAUCCAACGGCUGAAUUAUAUCCUGAUUUGCCAAAUAAUUACCCUUUAUCACAACAUUUAAAUAGUGUAAAUCUUCAAGAGCUCGUUAAUCAAUAUUUCAAGAAAAAUGGUUUUUCAGUUGCUCCACAGAUAAUGUCUUAUGAAAGUCGUUCAGUUUCGCAAACCCAUAUGCGACCACAACAGUACUCAAAUCCUUACGCAAAGCCAUUGUAUACUCAAGCAGAUUACUCUGGUAUCCAAUACUCUGGAGUUAAGCCAGUGAUGGCUAGAUAUCCUAUGACUUACUCGCACCAAAAAUAUCACGUCUCUCAGCCUCAAUCGUUAUAUCAGUAUCCAGCAAACCAACAAUACGAGUAUGAAUACCAGUAUGUACCACAAACAGAAACAAAAAUGCGUAGUUAUUAUAUCCAACCACAAUAUUACCAAAGUUCACAAUCAGUUGGUACGUCUAAUGAAUAUCAGUAUGACCAAUCACUGGCUCAACAUCAACCUAACUCAGACAGUAAAUUGUCAAAUAUUGAAUAUAGUUCUCCACAGUAUUCGAGUAGUCAAGAAACUAAAGAAGCAUCGUUAGAGUAUGGAAGUCAGAAUAUUCCACAGGAGGCUGAUCAGUCAGAUGUAUCUCAUUAUGCAUCUUCAAAUUCUGAUACUUCCAAUUAUGAUGUAGCUAAAGAAAAUAUCGAUUAUUCAAAACAAAGUGAGUCGGUUGAGUACAAUUCUGGGUCACUUCCUGAGUAUAGCUCUUCUGCCGAUUAUUAUUCAACAUCAUCUGGCCAGCCAAGUUCCGUUUCCAUAUUACCGUCUAAAUUGAUCCACACUGAACAAUAUCAAGAAAAUUCAGGGUCAAAUGAACAGCAAAAAUAUGUUUACCAAAGUCAAAAUAUUGAAGAUCCCAGUAAAACUUUUGUGCUUUCCGAAAACUAUCCUAGUAAAGAUCACACAAUUGCUACUGUCUUACCAUUUUCAUACCAGUCAACACCGAAACCAUCACAAGCAAGUGUACAGACAGUAAGUUAUGUAACACCUGUGCCAUCAGCUAAAUAUCAAUCUCAGUAUAGAAUCAUGGUACCGCAAACUGUAUUAAAAAAUCCAAACAGCGAGAAAGUAUCUUAUGUCAAUUCUCAACCAAUGCAUUAUUUACACGCCGGACAAUACUCUUAUUCUAACUCUAACAGUGAUUAUAAAGGAGCAGGUCAAUAUGUAUCACAAAUUUCAACCAAGCCAUUAUAUCCUAGAAAUUACCACACACAUCUAAAAAGAAUGGUAAAGGCACCAAGUAAGUCUGAAACCACAUUGAAAAUAACAUCUAGGAGACCAAACGAAAGAAACGAAAAGAAAAAAUCACCUUAAUUUGGUAACUGGUAAAAAUUAUUAUAACUUUUAUUAUUAUUGUGAUUGUUGUCGAUUUGUGUAAAUAAAAACAAAAUAUAUCUUAGAGGUAAAGAAUGAUUACUAAGCCAUUUUUACAUAUUCGUUUUAUGGAUUGUUUAGUUAUUAUAAUCAAGUAUUUCGUUUGUGUUAUUGAUUUGUGAAGAUUAAGUUCUUAAUCCUUAAAUAAAUUGUUAGGUUAUUCACAAUUUGUAUAAGACUGUUUUUUUUUUUUUUUAAUUUUCAAUAUAAAAUGAAAGAGUACUUGAAAUUUCAUCGCUACAUUAGUAAAUAUUGUGAACUAUUUAUUACUGUUAUAAGUUAAAAGUAUAUCCUACAAAACUAAUAUUUUUUUUAGUCAGCUAGAAAUUGGCUGUCAUAAAGUGCAAUAUUCUUAGACAAUUAAGAAGAAAAUGUUACUAUUUCAUGGUAAUAACUGUGUUUGUUAUUUUAUUAUCAUUAAUGUGUUUAUAAAUUAAGUUGUUGAAAUAAAUAUUUAUAAGUUGA